AUGCCUGGUAUGCCGACGGACGGUGGCGGUGCUAUCGUACCUUUUACAGGGGAGCCUGGCCAAGCGGCGCCCCCGCCGCCACCCGUGCGGCCAAUCCGCCACGGCGUGGCGCCACCCAUCUUCCGCAUCUACGUCUCCUGGUCCAGCGGCAACCUUCUGCAGGUCGCGUGCCUCCGCCCGCCGAAUUCGGAAGGUGGCGGCGGCACGGAGGAGGUCGUUGGGAGUGUGGUGGAGGUGAAUCUCGGCGACGGUGGCAGCGGUGGCUCGGAGGCCGAGGAGAAAAUUGACGAGGCGGAGAUGCGGCGGAUCGAGUACGGGUCGGUGCCGGCCUUCGCGCUGCUGCAGAGCAGGAAGAACACCCUUGCAGAUGCUGCUACUAUGUCACACGUGCCCUCAGUCCCCGAUCAUGCAGAAUGGUGGCAAUAUGUGCUUGAAUACAGCAAAACCAUUGGCAAUCUCCUUGGGAACCCAGACCCUCCUGUUUUCAUGAUUGAAGACCCCAAGACAAUUCUUAAGGUUAGGGAGAAACCGACAAGUUUAAGGGCUGCUUGGGAGUUGUUGGAGAUAUUCUAUGUUGAUAAACAUUUGCAAGGCUGGCUUCCUGAGCGUCUUGUUGAUUGGUUAGCCGAUUUUGACAGCCUGUUGUCAACGAUGGCGAGCACGGUGUACUCUAAGCUCAGCAAUUUCCAGAAAAAACUCAUUAACUUGCAGAUUGUUGAAGAUGAUCCUGAUUACUGGAAUGGUUUGUCAGCAGCACUUUCAGUUGGAUGGCUUGAUAUUGUGGUGAAUACGCUACGGUUUCAUGGAUCCUACCAAUUAGAUCAGAUGGAUAACCGUGAGACAGAAAAUGGAUUGGUCGAGGCUGUUGCUGUUCUUGUAUCAACGAUGCCCCGCUUGAGACCGAAUUUGCCAACUGGUAAAUUAGGCCAGUGCUGCAAAACAAGACCUGAUUUUAUCAAGGCAUGGGAAAAGUGGCGAGGUCAAGUAACUAAACUGGAGUGCAGUGCAUUUUGGAUCCAGUGCGGCCACCAAAAAACCCGUGAUGGUUUGAAGAAUUUGCUUCAUAUUAUGAUGGGGAACAUAAAUGAACUCACUGAUGCUACUUCCCAUUGGCUGGAGCUGUUUGCUUCUCAUUUUCUUUACAUAAAACCAUUUACAGUGGGUUUUGAAGGGAUGCACCUUUUAGCACAGAAAUGCAUACAGCUUAAGCCAUCCUCUGGCACUAAUGGAUUAACAGGCCUCAUUCUUGGUGUCCUUUCAGAAAAUACAGAGGUUGUCUUGGCAGAAUGCACAAAAAAUUUUGGCCCUUGGCUGGUCACACAUGCUAUGGAACUUCUGACAGCUGAUAAUGACUAUGCGGAUGUUAUGUUGCAUGAAGAGCGACCUAACUUAGGUGGUAUAAGCAUAGAGGAACUGCACCGGCUAGUCUAUGCUCAAGUUUUAUGUUCUCAUUCUUUAACUUGGCAGAUUGCGCCUACUUAUCUGUCCUCAUGUCUAAACCAAGGCCUAGGACUCUUGGAGAUUCUACUUCUCAAGCAACCCAUACAAGAUAAUUGCCUAGUACUCAAGACUUUGGAAAUUUGCCGAUUGUACGAACUGGAGAAUGUUAGUACAAUCAUCAUGAAGAUUGCUGGCAUUUAUCAUUGGAAGCAUGGACGAAAAGGAACUGGUGUAUACUGGUUCCAGCAAGCUCAUGAUAAAGUUUGUCUUGACAGAAUUGCUCAGCAGUUGUUCGAACACAUUGGGAAGUCAGUGACAGAUGAUAGUUUUAAGCAAUGGGAAGGGCUGCUUGAGCUCCUUGGUUCUGACAUUGGUAGUGCGGGCGGUCUUGAGUUCCUUCACAGGUACCGGGAUUUCAAGAGGUCUCUGCAACAAGCUCUAGACAGAAGGUGUGGUGAGGCUGCUCGGCAAACUGUGGAUUUUUUAAUACAGCUUAUGAAAAACCCAUCCACACCGCAACGUUUCUGGCUACCCCUUCUACAUGACUCGGUGGAGCUACUUAAUAGCAAACUCAGCCCUCUUAUGAAUGUUGCUGAGACGACAUUGUUGCUCAACAAGCUGCAAGAGCUGUCUAUGGCCAAGUGUUGCCCUGAUUUUUCCAGUAAUCACCUACCAAGCCAUGCGAUAAGCUCUGUGAUCAAGUACGAAAGCGUCAUCCACGAGUUCGAUCCCUACUUCAAUUACCACGUCACCCAGUUCUUGUCAAAGAAUGGCAUAUAUGAAUUCUGGAACUGGUUUGAUGACCGAACUUGGUAUCCUCUUGGGCGUGUUAUUGGCAGCACUGUCUAUCCUGGUUUGACACUUACUGCUGGUACAAUAUGGUGUUCUUUAGUAAUCUCACUAUUGUGUCUCCAGGAAACAAAGGGCCCUGGGGCUGGUUUGAUGGCAGCAACUAUUCUAGCAAUGGUCCCAUCAUACAUCUCAAGAUCUGUCGCUGGCAGCUACGAUAAUGAAGCUGUAGCUAUAUUUGCUUUAAUAUUCACGUUUUAUCUAUAUGUAAAGACACUAAACACUGGAUCACUCUUUUAUGCGACACUUAAUGCUCUCUCUAACUGGUAUAGACCAUGUAUCCAAGUUUUGACAGCAUGGGUUCAAGCUGCACUUCUUUUGCGGGAUGUGUUCAGUUUGACAGCAUGGUGCUCUUCGCCAAGCCGCAUCCCAUCUGGUAUGGACUUGGAGAUUAUUGAGCCGCCGGUGGCUGGUGCUACUGAUCAGGAAGGGAAACGUAGUCUGGUCUACCCUGUGGAGAUAUCUUGCUCAAUUUUGGAUAUUCAUGCUCCUGCUGAUGCCCCCCCACCCCCGCCUCCGGCUGAUCACCACGGUGGUCGCCGUUGUAGGCGCUGGCGGCGGCGGCGUGGCUCACCGGAGGAAGAAACUGAUCAGGCACAUGGAGUUCCUUCGGAGGCACGCCCCCCAGUGCAUGCCAGGCUGGGGGCUGUUCGGUCCCUGUGCAAUCCGCAGGGUUCCGAGGUUGCACCUACCAUCAUUGUUGGUACGCAGCCCGAAGGGUCCAUCAGAGAUGAAGAUGCUGCUCUUGUGCUGCUGGCUGUUAAUGUUUUGCAUCCUGACGGGGCCACAAAUGAGGAAGAUACAGCUACUGUGGCGUCUCCCGCGCCCAGUCCCGAGGAAGAUACAGUUAUUGAGCUUCAAGGCGUGCUGGCUGAUGGAGUUGAUUCUGUGGCGUCUCCCGCGCCCAGUCCCAAGGAAGAUAGAGUUAUUGAGCUUCAAGGCGCUGAUGAAGUUGAUUCGUCUCCCAACGGAUCCAGCAGUACUGAGGAAAAUCUCGUGCUGUUAGAUGGGCCCGUCAUUUUUAAUGAGCUGCAGUCACAUGGGGAAACCACAAAGGAAGCUCCUGCUCCCGAGGCGCCUGUGUGCGCUGCCCCAUCGGUAGUCUUAAUGGACUUUAAUCCUGUACAAGAAAUAGCAGAGGAUCUCUCCUUCAAUUCCUUGGAUACUGGUGAAGUGCACAGCGCACAACACGAAGAGCCCAGCAGCAAGUUUCCCUCUGAAGAUUUGGCAGCGCCUUUAUUGGCGGAAGCACCCCAGCUUGCGCCUGAACUGCUGGACUUCGGUGCCUCCCUGCCAGUGGCGCCUGAUGCUGGGCCCCCUGAAAACGCCCGGGCCGGGCCUGUUAGUGGGCUGCUUGAUGGACCUGUGGAAACGGCCCAUCUGCCUAUGGACGGCCCUGUUAUGGGGAAUUUCUUUACAGGCCAGCUUCUCCAUCCAUCCCCAGCUGACAGUCAAGACACGCCUGUUCGGCCUCAAGUCCUGAUGGUGGCACCGCACACGUCCUCUGCUGACGGCUCCAGGGCCGGGGCGCUGCGAGUGUACUCUCGCUUGCGCUUCCGUACUAGGCCCCCCUCUACCUCCGCACACUUCGGGGAAGUGGACGCAGCUGCUCCUUCAACUCCGGUGCUCCCCCAACUUGAAAGAGCUUGCAAGCCAACAGAUAGCCUCCUACCGCUGCCUGUUAUUCACAUGAGGCGCGUCAAAGCUGUGGCUCCGGGUUCUUUACCUCGACGAAGCAGAAGGGUGGCUGGAGUUGACCCGUGUUCUCCAGGACUAGUCACCACCGAAGCACAAAGGAGGGUUAUGAGGAGUCUAGGUUUUGCGUGCAAAGAAAAAAUUGAUCUCAAGACUCAAGAUGCCUACUUCAAGAUUAUGGGGAGCCAACUCAAUGAGAGCCAUGUGGCUGCCAUGGCGGCUAUCUUCGGCUGGAACAUCGAAGAGGACGCUCAGAGAAUUUUCCUCUCAGUUUUUGGCACUGCUUAUGACAAGUAUGUGGAACUGCCAGCUGAUGGUACGAGGGGAGGGAUCUUGAUUGCCUGGAAAAGCAAUAUUUGUCAGAUCCUAGCUUCCAGAGUGGAUAAUUAUUCUAUCUCAGUUCAAUUUGAGGAACAAGAAGGUCGCAAUUGGUGGUUUACAGGAGUCUAUGGUCCUCAAGAUGAUGUUGAUAAGAUAGCAUUCUUGCAAGAGCUUCGUGAUGUGCGAGCUUUAUGUUCGGGCCCAUGGCUGAUAGCGGGGGACUUCAACUUAAUAUACCAAGCUUCUGAUAAAAACAAUACCAAUUUGGAUCGAGCAAUGAUGGGUCGGUUCAGGCGCUUCCUUGAUGAUGUUGAGGCUAAAGAAAUUCCUCUGUUAGGAAGGAAAUACACAUGGUCUAAUGAAAGAUCUUCUCCCACCCUCGUGAGGCUUGAUAGAGCUUUCUGCUGUGUUGUUUGGGAGGAUAUCUUCCCUGAUGCCGUCCUACAGAGCAGCGCCUCGGUUGUGUCUGAUCAUUGCCCACUGGUUUUGGGUUUGAAGGUUAGUACUAGAGGCAAACGCAGAUUCCAUUUUGAGAGUUUUUGGACUAAAAUGUCCGGAUUUAUAGAAGCAAUUCAGCAGAAUUGGAAUGCUCCAGUAUCUUCAUCCUGCGCAGUUGAACGGCUCUUCCUCAAACUUCAGAGACUUAGCCGAGACCUUCAGAAAUGGGGCCAACGGAAAAUUGGUAAUGUCAAGCUUCAGCUAGGGACAGCCAAGGAAAUUCUGCACCAUCUUGAGAUUGCUAGGGAUUCCAGGGAUCUUUCUCCAAGUGAGGAAUGGCUGAGGAAGAAACUUAAGCUUCACUGUUUGGGAUUGGCUUCUCUUGAACGUACUAUUGCACGCCUCCGUUCUAGAGUUCUGUACUUGAAGGAAGGUGAUGCUAACACGUCCUUUUUCCACCAGCAAGCCCGUUACAGGAAGAAGAAAAACUUCAUUGCAAAGUUGCAAGUGUUUAUAAUCCUCCAUGUGGUUGCUCUGGUUUAUUACAUCAAAGGACUUUUAACUCCUCGACUGUUCAAAGUGGCCAUGACAUUUGUUAUUACAGUUGGAUUGUCUGUUUGUUUUGCUGCUGCAGCUAUACUCGUUGUAUUGAUUGCAUCAAGCCCAACAAAAGGUUGGAGUGGUCGCAGUUUGAGUCUGCUGGAUCCAACCUAUGCAAGCAAGUACAUCCCUAUAAUUGCUAGUGUGAGCGAACACCAACCACCAACCUGGCCUUCUUAUUUUAUGGAUAUCAAUGUGCUGGCCUUCUUAGUUCCUGCUGGGAUCAUAUCAUGCUUCAUACCGUUAUCUGAUGCAAGCUCAUUUUUGGUCCUGUACUUGGUAACCUCAGUGUAUUUCUCUGGAGUAAUGGUCCGACUUAUGCUGGUCCUUGCUCCUGCUGCAUGUAUUUUGUCUGGGAUUGCUCUGUCUGAAGCUUUUGGUGUCCUUACAAGAUCAAUGAAAUUUCAGCGUCCAACACUGGAUGAUGUAUCUUCCACAGGGAUGGGAGUUCUGAUACUCCUACCAACUCAGAAAUGGUUUCGAGGGAAAAACCAUCCAAGAAAAAUCGGAAGAAAGACAGACUCAGAGGGAAGUUCACCUGUUGAUCAUAGAACUGAAGAAAAGCUUUUAGUACUGCCUUGUGGGCCAUCUGCUGUGGGCAUAAUGCUGCUGAUCAUACUUUCUGGUUUUUACGUGGUCCAUUGUGUGUGGGCUGCUGCAGAAGCAUAUUCAGCACCUUCAAUUGUGCUAACAUCUCGUUCACAUGAUGGGUUUCAUGUUUUUGAUGAUUUCCGUGAAGCUUAUGGAUGGCUGCGCCAUAACACAGAUGUAGAUGAUAAGGUAUACCUUGCUUCUUACUAUUACACUAUCUGUGUUUAUUCUGACAGCUAUAUGAUAUUUAUUUUGGCAGGUGCAUCUUGGUGGGACUAUGGUUAUCAGACAACUGCAAUGGCAAACAGAACUGUUAUUGUGGACAAUAAUACAUGGAAUAACACACACAUAGCAACAGUUGGGACUGCAAUGGCAUCCCCAGAAAAAGCAGCAUGGGAGAUCUUCAAUUCCUUAGAUGUCAAAUAUGUGCUCGUUAUCUUUGGAGGGCUUAUUGGCUACCCAAGUGAUGAUAUUAAUAAGUUCCUCUGGAUGGUUCGAAUCGGAGGUGGUGUGUUCCCUCAAAUAAAGGAAGCAGAUUACCUUAAGGAUGGCAACUACCGUGUUGAUGCUCAUGGCACCAACCAUGUUGAAUUCCCUCAUGUACAAGCUUUGCUAUUACAGGUUUUCACAACUCACCAUUGGAUGGUUCGGAUUUACAAACUGAAACCUCAGAAGAACAGAGUCAGAGGGAAACUGAAAUUUAAAUCUAGUUCAAAAACAAGUUCUAUGCGGAAAACUGGUGGAAAGAAGAGCCCAUGGCAGUGCUGGAGUCACUAG